AUGGCAGAAAUCAAAAUUAGUAAUAAAACCAAAGACAGAGUCAAUGCUUGCAAAGCCUACAUAGAAAGAAAAUACAAAUUGUUUACAGAUGAGGAGAAGGAAAAGAUAUAAGAUUGGCAACAAUUGGAUUUAAUUCUAAAAAGCCUAAGUUUCACUCCUAUAGAACAAGAGCUGAUAAAAAAGGAAAUACAACGCAAGGAAGCAAUGUUAUUAAGAAAGAAGUUAAUAUGAUUUAAUCUUUAGGAGAUAAAAAAUUACUGUUGAAGAUUUCGAAUCCCUUGCCAUUAUUGGUCGAGGAGCUUUUGGAGAAGUAAGAGUCUGUAGACAUAAGAGCACGAAUGAAAUUGUUGCAAUCAAAAAAAUAAAGAAAUCCGAAAUGAUCUUUAAAAAUCAAUUAGGUCACAUAAGAGCUGAAAGAGAUUUGUUGGUAUAAUCUAAAUGUAAAUGGAUUGUCGAAUUGAAAUCUUCUUUUUAAGAUGAUGACAACCUCUAUUUAGUAAUGGAAUUUUUGAGUGGAGGAGAUUUGAUGACUUUAUUGAUUAAAAAAGAUAUAAUUCCAGAAAGACAUGCUAAAUUCUAUAUAGCUGAACUCGUAUUAGCAGUCGAAGAAAUUCAUAACAUGAAUUAUAUCCAUAGAGAUCUUAAGCCUGAUAAUAUUCUGAUUGAUGCAAAUGGCCAUCUCAAAAUUUCUGAUUUCGGUCUCUGUAAGCAUUUAGGUGUACAUUAUGAUAUGACUAUCCCUUAUUAAAAUAACACUCAAGAAAUGCAAUCGAAAAUUGCUAGUUCUCGUCGUCAAUUAGCAUAUUCUACAGUAGGCACCCCAGAUUAUAUUGCUCCAGAAAUAUUCUCUUAAAAAGGAUAUAACUAAUUAGUUGAUUGGUGGAGUGUUGGAGUCAUUUUAUUUGAAAUGGUCGUAGGUCAUACACCUUUUUAUAGUGAUACUUCAAAAAAAACGUGUCAAAAGAUUGUUACUUGGAAAACUCAUUUUAAAAUACCCAAAGAACCUAAAAUAUCCUCCUAAUGUUAAGAUUUAAUUACUAAAUUGAUCUGUGAUCAGAAUGAACGACUGGGAGAACCAAAAAAAAUCAAAAAACACCCUUUCUUUUGUGGCAUUGAUUGGACAAAUAUAAGAAAUCAAUAACCUCCCUAUUUACCUGAUAAAAAGAAAUUAACGGCUAAUUUCGAUAAGUUUGAAGAAAAAGAACCCUGGAAACAUAUUGUUCAUAAUUAAAACGAUAUUGAUUAAAGUAAUAAUAAAUCUAUGAACGAAAAUAAAAAAUAUUUUCAUGGAUAUACUUAUAAAAGAAAUUGUGAAAGAGAGAUUAGUCCAAUCAAAAGGGCUCUUGAAGAAUUAGAUAAUAUAAGGCCUUCAGGUAUCAAAGCUGACUUCGAUAAAAAAUAAAGAUCUUAGUCUCCAAAACCUGUAAACAUUCCUCCAGAAAUUAAUAAAUCUUAAAGGUCUCAAUCUCCAACUAUUAAAGACUAAAUCAAAAAUACUUAUAUGCAAUAUAUAGGAAAGUUUUUAUCACCUGUAGAAAAAUAGAAACAAAAUUGA